GGAGCAAAUUUGAAAUAUAACCGCACGAUUUGGAGUCAAACGUCAUUUUGAGACUGACAACCUUGUCUAAAACUUAUUGGCAUCUCGGCAAGUGUUUCCCGAUUCAGUGACAGAUCGAAUCUUGUGUUCGGAAGGGUAUAGUUUGACAUCGUCGGUGUAUAUGUGAUUGUUUGUUUUGAAAAUUCAAGGGGUACAUUCGGACAACUUUGUGUGAUUAAGUCCAUUGUUCAUAAUAUUGGAGUCAUACGUUUUGUUUUUUCUCCAUCAAAAUGGAUUUGGUUGAUAAAUUAAACCCUGCUGAAGUACUGUCACACUUACGUGACAUGGGAUACCACAAUAUUACACCUCUCCAACUAAAAGAAUUCGUAAUAGAUCUAAAAAAGUUGAUUGUUUACGAUCAACUGAGCUCAAGCUCAGGGUCAUCGUCAUCUCUAUCUACAUCAACAAGCUCUGAAUCUGAUUAUUUUUCAUCUUAUGAAACUCUGUCCGACUCAUCUGGAGAGGCAAUCAGACAGUUAGAAAGCAAUAGAUUAUAUCCACCUGGACAACAUGGAAGAUAUGAAAAUUUAGUUUGCCGUGCUAGCUCCAAACCUGCAUUGCCUGCGUCUUCAAGGAGUACAUUCAAAAGGAGUUCUUUCUCAUCUUCGUCUUUAUCACAAAAACUUACUCAAAAAGAAAAUCUGCCUCCACGAAGAGAGAGAACUAAAUCGAACAGUGGGCAAACUUUGGAGGAGAUUGUAAAGCCCAAAACAUCCUUCAUCCGCUCUCGGAAACUUCAAGAAAUGCAAUCAGGUUCCCAAAAGCCAGCUCCCCAUGAUCCUGUCAAGUUGUACCAUCACUAUCAGUCUUUCUGGGCCAAACACAAAUGUCCUGGUGAAGAUUCUCGAGCUGAGCUCCGAUGGCUCAUCCGAGAAAAAAUGCUGGGGCAAGAUCCUCACCUCUAUUCAAAAACUCAGGUUCCUGUCAAGAAAAAUGCAAGAUGAAAUUAAAAAAAAAAAAUUGGCAAAUUUUAAAUCUUGUGUGUAAGCUGCUUUCCAUGCCCAAAUAUUUUAUGUGAUUUUCCACGGACUUUUCCAUUACAAAGUGGAAGAAAUCGUAUUAACUUUCAAUAUUUUUGUGAAUAGUUACAUUUUUUUGCAAAAAGGAAACAGUUGAUUAAAAUAAAUGUCAGGCAGAUGGAAUAAUUA